UGAUCUAACUUUUUUUCCUAUUUAUGUUCUCUAUUUCUAUUAAAUCACUUAUCAUACCACUCAUUUGUCUCUAGUAUGUAUCACUACUAUUUUUCAAGUGUAAUUGAAUAUUAGCUCGAAGAAAAAUAGUCCAACAGCUUACUUAUAGAACAGGACAUGCCGCGGCAACGAGGAGACCGCUAUCUACUACUAAGCGCCAAGUGAACGCGGAGAUUGUGAUGCCAAUUCACAAAGUAAGCAAGGAUGGUGAUGAAAGACACAACCAAUCAUUGGCCACACCACUGCAGUGUCAAUUCAGCAGCUUAAGCUAUUUAUGAGCUCAACUUUCAUCAUUUCAUCUAUCACCUAAAACUUGAGAAAAAGCAGAGGCAAAAGGGUGUUCUGUUCCUCCUAAUUAGUUAUUCAAUGACACACCCAACAACACUACCUUCUCCAUCUACCUUCACCUGUGAUUGGACUUAUGAUGUCUUCCUCAACUUCAGAGGCAGCGAAACCCGCCACGGUUUCACAGGCAAUCUCUACAAUUCUCUGCACCAAAAGGGUAUACAUACCUUCAUAGAUGAUGAAAGGCUAAACAAAGGAGAAGAAAUCACACCAUCCCUUCUCCAUGCCAUUAAAGAGUCUAGGAUUUUCAUUUCUGUUUUCUCUGAGAACUAUGCAUCCUCAACUCAUUGCUUGGAUGAACUUGUUAUGAUCAUGGACUGCUCCAAGGCACAAGGACGGUUGUUUUUGCCGGUGUUUUAUGGUGUGGAUCCUUCACAAGUUCGCCACCAAAGUGGGGCUUACAAAGAUGCUUUGGCAAAACAUAAGGAGAGGUUUCAAGAUGACAAGGGAAAGGUUCAAAAAUGGAGGGAUGCUUUAUGUCAAGCUGCUAAUGUGUCUGGUUGGCACUUCCAACAAGGGUCUCAAUCAGAAUACAAGUUUAUUGGAAAGAUUGUGGAAGAGGUCUCAGAAAAGAUUAAUCGCACUCCUUUACAUGUUGCUGAUAAACCGGUUGCGCUGGAGUCUCCGGUGCUAGCAGUGGUGUCUUCUCUCCUAGGACUUGGCUCUGAUGAGGAGGUCAACAUGGUUGGCAUUCAUGGAAUAGGUGGAAUCGGUAAAUCGACAAUUGCUCGUGCGGUUUACAACAUGAUUGCUGAUCAGUUUGAAGGUUUGUGUUUUCUUGCAGACAUAAGACAAAGGGCUAUUAAUCAUGGUCUUGCACAACUUCAAGAGACACUACUUUCUGAAGUAUUGGGGGAGAAGGAUAUCAAAGUGGGAGAUGUUUACAGAGGAAUAUCAAUGAUAAAAAAGAGGCUUCAUCGAAAGAAGGUUCUUAUGAUUCUUGAUGAUGUUGACAACCAGAAGCAGUUACAAGCACUUGCUGGACAUGAUUGGUUUGGCUCUGACAGCAAGAUCAUAAUCACAACAAGAAACAAGCAUUUGCUGGCCACUCAUGGGGUAGUGAAAUUAUAUGAGGUGAAACAAUUAAAUGAUGAAACAGCACUUGAGUUGUUCAAUUGGCAUACCUUCAAACAUAAAGAAAUUUCUCCAGAUUAUGCUGAUAUUUCAAAACGAGCAGUUUCUUAUGCUCAAGGCCUUCCAUUGGCUUUGGAGGUGAUAGGCUCUUACUUGUUUGGCAAAAGUUUAAGUGUAUGGAAAUCUGCACUGGAUAAAUAUGAAACGAUUCUUCACAAAGACAUCCAUGAAAUACUUAAAGUUAGCUAUGAUGUUUUGGAGGAAGAUGAGAAGGGCAUUUUUCUUGACAUAGCUUGUUUCUUCAACUCUUACCAAAUGGGAUAUAUCAAAGAAAUACUGAACUUACAUGGUUUCAAUGCGGAAAAUGGAAUGCAAGUGCUGAAUGACAAAUCUCUCAUAAAAAUUGAUGGAAGUGGUUGUGUAAAAAUGCAUGACUUAAUUCAAGACAUGGGCAGAGAAAUCGUAAGGCUGGAAUCAACAAUGGAGCCUGGAAAACGCAGUAGAUUAUGGCUUACCGAGGACAUAGUUAAUGUUUUGGAAGAAAAUACGGGGACUGAUACAGUUGAAGUUGUGGUCAUCAACCUAUGCAAAGACAAAGAAGUGCAGUGGAAUGGAAAAGCCUUCAAGAAAAUGAAAAAUCUAAGAAUUCUCAUUGUUACAAAUGCAUGUUUCUCUAGAGGCCCUCAAAAUCUACCAAAUAGUCUUAGAGUUUUAGACUGGAGUGCAUAUCCAUCACUAUCUUUACCAGCUGAUUUUAAUCCCAAGAAUCUUGUGAUACUUAGCCUCCCUGAAAGUUGUCUUCAAUCGUUCAAAUCACCUAAGGUGUUUGAGUCCUUGAACUUUAUUGAUUUUGAAGGCUGCAAAUUCUUAACUGAACUACCUAACUUGUCUGGGCUACCAAAUUUGGGGGCAUUGUGUCUUGACUAUUGUUCUAAUUUAAUUAAGAUUCAUGGCUCAGUGGGGUUUCUUAAUAGACUCAUGUUAUUGAGUGCUCAAGGAUGCACCCAACUAGAAAUGUUGGUGCCCUUCAUCAAUUUGCCAUCUCUAGAGACUCUGGAUUUGAGAGGCUGCUCGCGUCUUAAGAGCUUCCCAGAAGUAUUGGGAGUGAUGGAGAACAUUGAAGAUGUUUAUUUAGACCAGACUGCCAUAGAUAAAUUGCCAUGCUCAAUUGGAAAUCUUGUUGGACUCCGACGAUUGUUCUUGAGGGAAUGCAAGAAUCUAAUUCAGUUACCAAGCAAUGUCCAUACAUUGCCUAAACUUGAGGUAAUAAUGAGUUAUGAUUGUGGGGGAUUUCAGUUGUUCGAGGGUGAAGAAAAAGUAAGGACACAGGUAUUUUCAAAAUCAAUGCUUGUUUAUAAUGAAGGCAAAGAGGUGUUACUUGAUGUAUAUUCUCUUAACAUGUCUCAUAAUAAUUUCAUAGAAUUACGAAGACCUUUGUGGAGUCCCCAUGGACCUGCGGGUAGUGUUCUUGGAUUCAUGAUUAAAGGGAUUCUAGAUGGGACCGUAAAUUUGUAUGGACUCAGAAGCAAGGAAUCAUCCAUGUGUUUCUGGUUCAUAAAGAAAUUUCCCGAUAUAGCUCUAUGUUGUGCUGGAGAGCCAAGUGUGUAUAAAGACAAUAUGAUAUUGGAUUUCAAGUUCAGUGUACUCAUCAAUGGCACCAAGCAGUUAAGUUCUUCAUGUAACUACAUAUUUUCUGCAGAAAGAAUGACAGAACAAAUGUUUUUGUGUGAUCUGUUAUGCAAAAAGGAGACAGCAUUUCCAGAACAUGAAUGGAAUCAAGUAGAGAUUUUAUGUGAGUUGAAGUACCCCAUGCCAUGUGGCUCUGAAAGGGUAAUGGGUGCCGAAGACAGGACCACAAUGGGAGUUCCAAGUUGGUCCCUCAUUUAUGUCUUUGAAGAAUACAAGGAGGAUUUCAAAUUUAUGUAUGAGUUUCAGGAAUGUAAAGAGAUGCAGAGGAGAAAGGACACACUAUUCGGCUUUCACUCCAUGCUCAAGCGUCGCGGAUUAAAUUGGAUUGGGUUUUGAUUUUGAAAAAAGUCCAUGGAAGCAGUGAUUCAAAUCCUUGACAAACUUCAGAGCAAUUCAAUCGAAAAUAGAAAAUGUUAAAAUAAUACCAUCAUGUUAUUGUUGAACAUCAA